CCCCGUGCUCAGCCCCGACGCUCCAUACGAAUCUCCUGCUCCCGCUGUUCGGUCCGCCCCUGCCAUCGCCAAGAACCGCCGCCUGACUUCCCUCUCCGCCCCCCAGCCAAUCAAGGCAGCACGUGGUGGUAAAGAGCGUGAUGGAGGGAGGAUGCGACACGGCGGCGGGAACGGCGAUGGAGGUGGAAGCGGAGGCGAGCCAGCUUUCAGCAGGGUUCUCCGGUUCCCUGACCCCGAACCCUGCAGGUAGCAGCGUCGCCUCCUCGACGACGAGGCGGCUCGGCCUCAGGAACAGCAUCCAGACCAACUUCGGCGACGACUACGUCUUCCAGAUCGCUUCUUGCCAGGAGAUCUCGACGCUCGCGGUUUCCUUGUCGACAAACGCACUGAAGUUCUAUUCUCCAGCAACCGGGCAGUAUAUGGGGGAAUGCACAGGACAUACAGGAACUAUCCAUGAAAUUUCCUUUUCAACUCCGUCGUCACCACAAGUAAUAUGCUCUUGUUCUGCUGAUGGAACCAUCAGAGCUUGGGACACAAGAAGCUUCAAGCAGAUAUCUUUGCUAAAUGGCGGUGCCUCUCGCGAAAUGUUUAGCUUUUCCUUUGGUGGAUCAAGUGGUAACCUACUUGCUUCUGGUUCUAAUUCCCAGGUUCUGCUGUGGGAUUGGAGAAGUUCAAAACAGCUAGCCUGCUUAGAGGAUUCCCACAUGGAUGAUGUAACACAGGUUCGAUUUGCACCAAAUCAACAAAGUAAACUCGUUUCUGCGGCAAUUGAUGGAUUAGUAUGCGUCUUUGACACUGAUGGUGAUAUCGAUGAGGACAAUGAUUUACUAUCGGUUAUGAAUGUGGAGACUUCUGUUGCUAAGGUGGGUUUUUAUGGAAAUAUGUAUCAGAAGCUUUGGUGUUUGACACAUAUUGAAACAUUAAGCACUUGGGACUGGAAUGACGGGACUAGAGAAUUGAAUGUAGAGGAUGCUCGUUCAUUGGCCACUAAUAAGUGGAACCUUGACCAUGUGGACUAUUUCGUUGACUGUCACUACUCUCUCCCUGAUGACCGGUUAUGGGUGAUCGGUGGCACAAAUGCCGGGACACUGGGUUACUUCCCUGUAAAAACUGAUCCUGCAGGAGGAGCAAUUGAUUCGGCGGAGGCUGUCCUUGAAGGAGGCCAUACUGGAGUUGUCAGGACCAUCUACCCAGCUGGAAGCAGUCUCGAGAGGCUUGGCCAGCACAGGGGUAUCUUUGGGUGGACAGGAGGCGAAGAUGGUCGACUGUGUUGCUGGCGCUCUGACGAUAUCGUGGAGACAAAGAAGUCUUGGAUCUCUAGUACGCUCGUAUCACGGGUGGAGAAGCGAACCAAAGGCCGACAUCAGCCCUACUAACCUUCCAAAAUGUCCGAUCUCUAUCUAAAAUCCGAAACCUGUUGUCCCCAGACCGUAACUGGAGACCAUGAAUGACAUGUGGAAAAUAGUCCGCAACUGAGGAACAAAGCCCCUCAAGUAAUCCCUGUAAUCUAAAAGCAUGUGGUGAAUUUUCAAUCCUGUAGUAAGAAAACCUGGUCGGAGGCGAACUCAUCCAUGUGAGAUUUUUUGUGUUUAGAAGGGAAGCAAUAGUGCCUGAGCUCA